UCAAACCCCCAAGAUGGCGGCGGCGUCGGAGGAGCGGAUGGCUGAGGAAGGAGGCGGCGGCCACGGCGACGGCGGCCCCUCUUCGGCCGUCGGUUCUGCCCAGCGACUGCCCCCCCCGCCCCCGCCCCCAGCCCCGCAGCCGGGCUCCCAGGCGCCCCCAGCCCCGGCGCUGGCUCCCGACCAGCUGCCUCAAAACAACACGCUGGUGGCGCUGCCCAUCGUAGCCAUCGAGAACAUCCUCAGCUUUAUGUCCUACGACGAAAUUAGCCAGCUCCGCCUGGUUUGUAAAAGAAUGGACUUGGUCUGCCAGAGAAUGUUGAAUCAGGGAUUUCUAAAAGUGGAGAGAUACCACAAUCUAUGUCAGAAACAAGUUAAAGCACAACUUCCAAGGAGGGAGUCAGAAAGAAGAAACCACUCAUUAGCCCGUCACGCAGACAUCCUUGCUGCUGUUGAAACAAGGCUCUCACUGUUAAAUAUGACUUUCAUGAAGUAUGUGGAUUCCAAUCUCUGUUGCUUCAUCCCAGGAAAGGUGAUCGAUGAGAUUUAUCGUGUGUUGAGAUAUGUCAAUUCUACCAGAGCCCCUCAGCGAGCCCAUGAGGUACUUCAGGAGUUAAGGGACAUCUCCUCCAUGGCGAUGGAGUACUUCGAUGAGAAGAUCGUGCCCAUUCUCAAGAGAAAGUUACCAGGAUCAGAUGUGUCUGGAAGACUCAUGGGCUCUCCUCCAGUUCCAGGACCUUCCGCAGCCCUCACGACAAUGCAGCUCUUCUCCAAGCAGAACCCCUCAAGACAAGAGGUCACCAAACUCCAGCAGCAGGUCAAGACCAAUGGCGCUGGUGUGACUGUUCUCAGGCGCGAGAUCUCUGAGCUUCGCACCAAAGUGCAGGAGCAGCAGAAGCAACUUCAGGACCAGGACCAGAAACUGCUGGAGCAGACCCAGAUCAUAGGCGAACAGAACGCACGGCUGGCGGAGCUGGAGCGCAAACUGCGGGAGGUCAUGGAGAGUGCGGUGGGGAGCUCCUCUGGGUCAGGGGCCAACGAAGAGUCUCCUCGGAAACGGAAGAAGGCAGCAGAAGCCAUAGACUCCCUUAGGAAAUCAAAGCGACUCCGGAAUAGAAAGUAAAGGGGGCGUGUUUCCAGCGCCAGAGGAAGACGUGCUCAGCAGCUGAGUGGUUCUGCCUGCAGGACCUGGGAGCCUCGGUGCCCCCCAGGCUGCCAGGCCUUCGGAAGGAGCACGACUCCUGCUUGGACUCUUCCCGCUUCUCCCAGUUGAACUGAUGCACAGAAUCUUUUUACUUUGCAAUAGAUUUGUACUAACCAGACCUGUUCUAUCAUGUUUUGAGGAGUUAACUUUUUUCUGUGCAGAUAAUGUCUAAAGUAAAUUUAUUUGUUUCUGCAUAUAUGCACAUUACAGAAGGAUCUGAAACAAACCAGUCUGGACAGACUAGAAGUUAAGUUUAAUACAGAAAAAUGUCCUGUUUCACUUGAAAGAAAAGACCUACUUUUUAAAUGGACAAUAUCUUGUUUAAAAAAAAAAAAAAGUUGACUUUUUGUUAUAAGUGACCUUUGUCUGGAAUGUCUGAAAAGUAGUAAAUGCUUUUUGGUAUCGAAGUAAUGGGUAACUAAAAUGGACUUCCAUAGUGUUGGCUGUAGAAGGGGCCUCUACAGUAUUGACUAUCUAUUUUUAUAAACUACUGGCAAGGGACUUAUCCAGUUGUUAUAUACAUGUUUUCAUUUCUCUUCUGGGGCCAUGUCCUCCAUUUGCAUGGAUGCAUGCAUUGCCUAGUCAGCUCACUUAAGAAGCUCUUGCACUGGUAUUGACCUUGAACCUCUAUACUUCUCCACUUUUUAGAGCAGCGUUAGUUUAUUAGAGCGCCUGACAUCUCCUACCACCACGACAGCUUGCCUCCAGGGAGGCAUUUGUCAGACCAUUUGUCCUCUGCUUUCACAGGAACAAGGGAGCAUGGAAGCCCAUCUGUUUUCGUUAGGGUUCAGGUACAUGGGCCGAGGCAGAACCCCAAACUCCCAGGCUCUAUCAGUGUCGGACCUCUGGUGACUGGUGUAGUGUCCCUUCCUCACCACCGCGUGUGUUCCCCAAUCAGUGUGGUGGUCACUGCAGGUAUGAGUAGGGGAUUCAGCUGUGGGCUGCAGUGUUGCCAUUGAAAGAAAGCUCGUUGGAGAAAAGCGUACUCUGAGAAAGCAUUUUGAUCGUUUUGUUUCUGGGGGAUGACCUGAGGGAAGCAUUUAAGCAUUUAAAUAUUAGUUUCAAGCUUUCCUUAUUCUACAACUUUAAACAAAGCUUUAAUUUCGUUUGCACUCCUGUUUUGAGCGUGUAACUGGAAAAGCAUGUCUUGCACUGUUCACCCUUCUAAGCGGUCACUUUAAGCACCUCCAAAUCGUGUGCAGUGGUUACUUUCCCCAGGUGGAUAUUUUUGAGGCAUUGUCCAAAACAUUAGACAAGUUGUCAUUGUCCAUGACAACAUGACUGUCCUCAUUUUAUUUUCAUGUACUAAAUUAUGUAGUUAUUAUUUGACUGAUAAGUUCUUUUAUCAACUUUUACCAACUGUUGCUUUGGGCUUCAGUUAUUUCAAAUAGGCUUAGGUGUAAUAUAGGAAAUGACCCCUGUCCAGGUAGGAGUUUGACACCUGCAUGAAACCUAAGGUUUGGGUAAGUACCUUAGUGGAACAAAAGCACAAGGUUGCCUCCCUUUUUAUCCGCCCAUGACAUCACCUCACCAAAUGAAACUUUUUCUUACCCAUUUUUAAUAUUUUCCUUACAUAAUACUGUCCUUAGAUUUUGAUCAAUUCUCUGUCUGGCUUGGAAACUCCAUUUACAAUGUAGUAUGUUUUCAGUGAAAAAAACCAUAUAACAUCCAAGUGUUUCAUGGUUUGUUGGGAAGGUAAUUUUAAAAUAAACAAUUUCCAAAAAACAUUUUGUCAGCCAAGGUCAUCCAUAAAAGUCCCCGUCUGGAACUUGUUUUCUCGGCAGGUGUCAUUUUUGUAAUCCUAGGAUUGAGCCAUAUUGUCCUGACUCUGGAGCAGGCCUGCUGGAGUACUCAUGGCUGUUAAUAUUCCGCCUUCCUGGUAAUAGGAAGAUGCUAGAGUAACCAGGUAACAUGUUUACAGGUUUACAAAGUAGGAUCCUUAAUACAUCAAAGGGAUAGGACCUCAGAUGACUAACAGUUGUUAGUGAAUUAUUUCCACUUUCUUGGAUUGCUUUUUAAACCACACAUAGAUACCCAAAUGUAUGUAGAGUCUUCCGUUCGUUAACAUGAGUAUUUGGCUUUCACACCAUCAGAAGGUAGAUUUUGAGUUUCGGAAUCCAGAUUUCUGCAGGAUACACGUAUCACUGUCCAUAAGGUCCACGGGCCCCACUUGUAAGCACUACGGUUGUCCAUUCAAGUCUUAAUCUUCCUUAAGGCGUCUUGCCAAAAAUCGUGUGAGGCUGUGGCCUUGACUGAUUCAAUAGCUCUUACACUUAACUUUUGGAUCGCAUAGUGGGAUUUAGGGUUCGACAAAUCACAAAUUAUUUUGACCAACUGAAACUGACAUGUCAAUUGUGGAUGAGCCCCUGAGCAGGAGCCAUCUCACCUGAGGGUUAGACCCCAGGGAUUUCAGUGCUGUUAGUGUCAUUUUGUCCUUGAUUAAGAGUCCCUGACUCACCCAUGUCAUCUUCCUUGGCUGUUUUUCAGAGACUUCGUGCUGACAGGUCCACUCCCACUUGUGAAUUGAUUAUGGUCCAGCACCAUUGACCCAGACACAAGGAGACUUGCCCCUGCCUCACAGGCACAGGGCCCUCCCUCCACGUCUCUCCCACACAGAUUUGGUCUGGUUUUCACAUAAUCUGAAAUACAAAUGAUUUCAGGACAUGAGAUUACAAAACCUGCUGCUUUUCAAGCUCCUAUUUUGCUGUACAGAGCCUGGAAACAAUGGGGCAGACACAAACUCACUAAUUAAUCAUACUGUUUUAAAAACCGUUGGGGUGCCAUCUGGUCUAAAGCCACUGGUUUUAGAAGCAGCUUUUUUCUUUUUCUUUUCUUGUAAAAUGUGGUUUUUGGAGUACUGAAUUAUAAGGGGCUUGCCUUAAUCUCUAUUUAGUAGUUUCAAGAUGUAUGCUCUAUUAUUCUACUUGUUAACAUGUUAAAAUAUUCUAUGUAGCCCCAAAGGUGGGUCAAACAGUAUAAGUCAUGACUAAAUAAAUAAGCUAAAGGUGUCACUAUAGCUGGAUUUUUUUUUUUUAGAUAAGAUGGACAUAUGAACAGAGGCUAUGUGUGAGAAGCAAAAACCAUGGCACCUUGAGAUUGCACUAUUUUUUGCAUUGUUUUCUAUGCCAUUUCAUAGCCUGCACUUUAGUCUCCAAAGAAACAAUAUAUGAUGUCCCAGUUCCUUAUUAGUAAUAAACUGUUUCCUGAGACAGGGCACUUAAUUCUGUUUUACUGAGAGAGUUUCUUGGAGGUGGAUCCCUUUCCUGAGUUCUCUAUUUCCUUAGCCAUAAUAUUUUUCUAGGAUCUAGGAACUCCCGAUCUUCUCUGUUUCCAACAGUAUAGAAUUUUAAUUUAAUGUAAAAUCUCAUUCUUGGUGAUCAGCACAUUCUUACAUCCUGCCCUAGUGGUGAGUACCCAUUUGUUGACACCUAUCCAACCCUCUAAAAAUAUGUAAGUACGAUCUGGAGCCAGGAAUAAAAGCAUUCUGAAAGGUAGAUGUCCCAUAGGAUCCUGGCUUGUAACUGGCUAUUUCUAAUAUAUGAUGUGAAAUCCAAUCUGAUAAUGCCAUCCAACUUGUCAAGAUCUGAGUCCCUUUAACUAGUCCACAAAAGAUUAGUAAGUUAAAACACCCCGGAAAUGACAAGCUUCAGUAGCCUGCCAUCAGGGAUCAAUUAUUUUCCAAAAAAUACUGAAGCAAUCAAAAAAAUGAAACUAGCAAUCAGUCAACUGCUGCCCACCAUUUUAUUUUUAAUAGUGCGUUGUAUCUGUGGCAAGUAUGAUAGGCCCAAGUAAUGUUGGCUUUUUCCGGCUUGCUCAGAAUAAUUGCUAAAUUCCUAAAAUCAAAAGUUAAACUUGUCCUGUUGUGUCUGGAGAGAACCAUGGGAUUUUAGAAGCAUAUUGGAAAUCUAUUGGGUCCAUUGCCAAAGUAUACCGGUCCAUAUUCUAAAGCUAUACCAAAAGUUUAGAAGUGUUUGAAAUUCCUUAUGUGGUACCAUGUCUGUUUACUUAUGCUCAUGAGCAACAAUGAGUUACUAGUUUGCCUUCUGGAAUUUUAAUUGUUAUAACCUAAUUCAAUUAUUGGAAAUGAAAAGCACCUCCUGCUCACACAACAGGGUACGUAAAUAAAUGUGUUGUAACCAA